UUUUCUGUCGUUCCCAACUGAUAUGGCAGACGAAAAUAAACAAUAAUAUCAAUAACUCAAGGAUUAAACUUCACUAUAAAACAAGCGGGUGGGGAGGAUACUUUUAGUAGUUUCUUCAAAAUGUAAUUAUAAAGCACAUAAAACCUAUAUUGUAGAGUUAAAGUUUAAGGAAAAGAUUAUGAGAUUUAUUCAGAGUGUUAGGAAGUCAAAAUUUUAUUCCAAAAUACUUAAUAUAAUAUUUCCAAUUCUCCUUAUUAUUUAUCAUAAAAAUGGCAAUAGGGCCUGAAUAGAUUUCGUCACAAACUCUACUGAUUUGCUAUUUGUAUUUAAAAUUCCUCAAAAAGUAGCCACAUAUAAUUACCUUAAUAAAUGGGUUUUAUGAUUCUAUAAAAUCACUAUUUCUUCUCUAUUUAUAUCAAAAAUAGCAUAAUUUUACUAGUAACUUACCAGCUCCACAAAUUGUCCUUAAACUUGGCCACAAUAAUUUCAACUUAUGUUUCUUUUGGUAAGCCAAGAUUUUGGUCCUGAAUAUAAAUAGAAGUUCCUCCCUCGAGACAAAGCUUUUCUUAUUUUCACACGAAUUAUUGAGGCAUCAUUUUUAUGUAUGUUAUUGUAAAUAAAUUUCCUUUUCUUUUUUAAUAAUUAUUACACUCAGUUGCAUGAAAUUCGAUUAUUAUAAACAGAUAGACCUAAAGACACACU